CCAAAUCAGACGCGGGUGUAUGGAGGAAUACAAAUCGAUGAGAAGAAACAAAAUACAAAGUAUUUUUGUUGCAUUUGCACCAGCACGUCACGCCUCAGUCAUGAUCACACCAUCCUAAUGCAAAUUUAGGCAUGCAGGUCACUGAUAAACAGUUUAUAACAAGAUGGAAAAUUUUAUCCUGUAUGAAGAGAUAUUCCGGUCAGAAUAUUGCAUAAGCUACAAGGGACGAAGAAAAGGCGCAAUUGCGUUCGUUGCCAUUCAUUGCAUCGACAAGAGCAAGCGACCACAGACGACAAACCGAGUGCGAUUAACUCACGAACUCUCACACAUCAAUGUGGUCCAGUUUUUAGAGUGGUACGAAACAACGAACCACCUAUGGCUUGUGGUUGAGCUUUGUACAGGCGGUUCAUUGGAGAGUAUACUUGCCCAAGAUGGCCAUUUGCCUGAGAGUUGUAUCUUUUCAUUUGGGUUAGAUCUUGUCCGCGGCCUGCACUACCUUCAUUCACUCGGUAUUCUGUUCUGCGAUCUGCAACCAUCAAAGAUCCUUCUUGAUGGUCCAGGAGUGCUUAAAUAUGAUGAUUUUAGUUUAUCUAAGGUCGAAGGUGAAAGUUUAGAUGAUUUGUUUCAGUUGACCGGGGAUGACUCAGAGAACAGUCUAGACAAUUCUGAUGCGGGAUCAAACGCGAGUCCAAGAAGUCGCAAAACAUUAGGUUCUCCAGAAUACUUGGCCCCUGAAGUGUUCAAGGGAGGAGACAACAGCUUAGCAUCUGACUUCUGGUCCCUUGGCUGUGUCCUCUAUCAACUUUUUACAGGCCACGUACCGUUUGAUGGUAACACAUUUGAAGAUGUUAUGUACAGCGUACUCAACAGGGACUACUCGCCCCCAAAGGCUAAAGGGCCUAAAAUAUGUACCAAGCCAUCCUCAGAGUUCUGUGAUCUUCUGGCUGGCCUCUUGGAUAAAGAUCCCACUUCAAGAAUGGACUGGAAUCGUAUGGUAGAGCAUCCAUUUUGGAAGGGUCAGCUGGUACCUGGUGGCCAAUCACAGCCACUUCAAGAGGUAACCAAUCAAGAACCAGUAAGCUUGAGUGAUGCAAAUGAGGUCACAGGACAGGUCACACCAGCAGUCUUAAAGAAAGUGAACCUCGUGGCUCUGACACCAGAUGUAGGCUCAAAAGAAAACCUGCGAAAGUCCAGCCCUAGUGUGGUUCUGAACACCUCCUUACAAGGUGGUAAAAUACCUGCAAGGCCUCAGACUUCUCCGGAGAUCACCUUGACCAAGCAAGCCCAGUUCACGCUGAGUACUAGGCCAAGGAGUUCCAUGAAUACUCUGGAGGACGAUGACAAUGACAACACAUCAAAAUCUACAAGGAAACUGGCAAGGAAGAGCAAAAUCAAAAGCAAGCCUGACAGAAUGGGAGGAAAGUACCGAGGAGAACCACGGAAGCAAUGGGAGGAAGAUGGGAACGUAACCAAGGAGUUGAUGUACCAGGUUUGGGAUCUAACAGUUACACCCAUAGUAGACAACCCUAAGAUUUUGAAGCCUGCACCUCUCAAAUAUGAAGCCAAGUCCCUUCCACAUACCUGUCACUCACCAGAAAGAUGCCUAAAACUCAGUAAGCGAGAGCUGAAUGAGCACUUCAGCUCCGUCUAUGAUGCACUCGUGAAGGAAAAUGACAAAUCUGCUGGAGGUCAGAGGUUAAAGGUCCAAAUGCUUAAUUACCUUGGCAGCCUAGCUUCAAAUGCCGACCUAGCUCAAGAAAUACUCAAAUCAAAACUGAGAGUUUUAUUACAGCAACUUCUGAAAGCAAACAAUGCAUUGGAAAUUCGGUGUAGAGCAGGGAGAGUACUUGGUUUACUAGCCUUGCAUUGUGAAGAACUUGACGAGAAUUUACCACUAACAGAGCUAUUUGCAGCUCUUACUGAAGUUGUACGCGAUAACAGUCGUAAUAGCAAAUUGAAACAAAGUAUCUUGCCCGCUUUGGGAGAGCUCCUCUUCCUUGUCGCCAAGCAAGAGGAGCAGAAAUCAGCGAUGAUUGACGCAUGGACAGUCCCAUCAGUCACGUACACCAUCAUCACACGCUGUCUCCGAGAAGGAGAAGAAGCCCCUGUGCAACACUAUGCAGCGCUGAUCUUCGCUAACGUUGCAACUACUGAUGGCGUACACAGCGAGAAACUGUGUAGUAACGAGACUGCACAACUUUUGUGGCAUCUGUUUACGCAUUGCACAGCAGAUGCGUUGAAGGUCACAGCCAUAAGUGCCUUGUGUAGGUUGACCAGACACUCAGUGUCCGUUUUUCAAGCCGUGAUUGACAAGAUUGGACUCCCGGUGGUACUGGAUGCUCUGAGUGUGACCAUUAACAAGGUCCAGCAAGCAAUGGUCACUAUGUUUAUAGCCACUCUAGUGGAUGGAGUACACUUGCAGAGGAUUGUGCAAGAUAAGAUGAUGAAGGACCUAGUUCUGAGGCUGAUGAAACUACUUGAUGCUACAUCUAUUAUUACAAGAGCGAAGGCAUUCCUUGCUGUUCUGGAGAUAAUGAAAUCCAGUACGGAUAUGAUACUAGUUGCUUGCCAGGCCAGGUUGGUGAUGUACAUUGAGAGAGAUAGUCGUCGUCAGAAUGGUGGAAAGCAGGAAACUAAUUGGGAAUACCUCAACAAAUGCCUGAGUCUAACCACAAACUAUCUUGUAGAAGUCCUCCCACAAGUAAUGGGUGAUGCUGUUCAAAGUCUGGAGUCAGUAGCAGGUAGACGGCACCCAUCGACCCUACAAGCCAAGCAACUUAAGUCCACACUGCCUCUUCUGCCAGUUUCCCUCCAUUUAAUCACCAGCCAGAUCUUUCGUGCUCGUGUAGCUGAUGAACAGUUCGUCACCUCCAUGGGAGAGCUUGUGAGUCACUUGAAGCUCAUUGAUUCUGGCGAGACUAAUAUAGAUCCCGCAAUUGGUCGUAGUGGAACAGAAGAAUAUAUUGACACUGUCUUGUCAAUAGUGGAAGCCAUUACACAACACCCUGGGAUCUUAAUGCAGUACCAAGAGGCCAUCAUUGUGUCUGUUUACCCCCACCUGGCCCAGCUGGUCACCUCUGACAAUGGAAACACAAAAGCACUUUGUUUACAUAUUUUAGUUGAGAUUACCAGCCUUUACCUGAACCAUAAGCAUUUAGUGGAAGAGGCACCAACAAGUGACACCCACGAAAAAAUCAUAUAUGAAAUAAUAAAUGAACAUGUGAUGGAAGAUUUGGAAAGAGUACUGCUUGAACCGGACCCAUUCCCUGCAUACGCACUGAAGCUUAUGCUGGCACUUGUCCAGAGAAACCCUGACUUUGUUAGGAAAAUACAAGAGCUAAGUCUAGUGCAAGUGUUAUUUCAAGUUUUGGUUGACCAUCAGCAAGUGCCUACUAGCAGUGCAAUGUGCCUGGUGCUUAACAUAUUCCAGUGCCUUAUCACAGAUCAAAGCUGUAUUCCUGAGCUCUUUGAACUUGGAUUGGUCAGGUACAUAGUUGAUCUGUUCAAUGCAGCAUCCCAAUUGGUUGAAAGACAGGAUGAGAAAUCAGACAAUAAGUCAGUGUUGACCCUCAUACAUUCUCUCUUAGAGACCUUAAAUACUGCCCUCAAACAUGUGGCUGUGGUUGUCAGACAAGUAUUGCAGGCUAAGCAGGCCAAAAAAGAGGCUGCUACUAACCUUGCUGAGGACCUUCUGCUGAAUCUUAAACCUGUAGUACAGCUGAUUGACAACCUUACAGCUCUGAUUUGCCUGUGUGAGAAUGAUAGCCAAGUAUUGGUUUGUAACUGCCUAUCACUUUUGGCUCAGCUGUACGGUGGUGAGUAUCAAGAUGCCAUGUCCGUCAAGAAUAUGGAUAACAUUGCAGCAGCCCUACGCCAUGUGGAUGUUAAGAAGCAAAAGAUCCUUCUAAGAUUUGUUAAAAGGAUG